AUGGAUCAGUCAGCAGACUUCUUCGACCCCAACAAUCAGAAAGCCGCGCAGAUCCGAGAGCAGUGCGCUAUGGAGACCUUGGACGAUCUUCUCGAUUACAUUCUGAACGGCAAUGGCUCGGUUGGCAUUUUCGACGCGACAAACAGCACUCUUGGGCGCAGGAAGCAGAUCAUGGAGAGGAUUCGUGCGCGAGCUGGCCCCGAGCUGAACGUUCUCUUCGUCGAGAGCGUGUGCCAGGACAGGAGCCUCCUGGAGUCGAACAUGCGCCUGAAGCUAUCCGGGCCUGACUACCAGGACAAAGACCCAUACGCUGCCCUUGAAGACUUCAAGAAGCGUGUCGCCAUCUACGAGAAGAACUACGUCCCCAUCGGCGACUACGAAGAGGAGAACAACAUGCCCUACGUCAAGAUGGUCGAUGUAGGCCGCAAGAUGAUCUCGCACCAGAUCAAAGGCUUUCUCGCCGGCCAAGCAGUCUACUACCUCCUCAACUUCAACCUCGCGCCCCGCAUGAUCUGGAUCACCCGCCACGGCGAAUCCCUCGACAACGUCGCCGGCAAAAUAGGCGGCGACUCAGAUCUCUCCGAAGCCGGCCGCAAAUACGCAAAAGCAAUGACCCGCUUCAUCGACAAGCAGCGCACGGAAUGGGCCAUCCGCCAAGCAGACAAAAUGGCAAACACUCACUUCCCCCCUGUGCCGGGCGACCAUACACCGCCCAACCCCUACUUCAGCAGCGACUUUGAGCACAACAAUUUCUGCGUCUGGACGUCCAUGCUGAAGAGGAGUGUCCAGUCCGGCCAGUACUUCUGCGACGAGGAGUUCGAAGUCAAGCAGAUGCGCAUGCUCGACGAGCUGAACGCCGGGAUCAUGGAAGGCCUGACAUACGACGAGAUCCGCACCAAGCACGCAGACGAGUACCUCCGGCGUCGCCGCGACAAACUGGCUUACCGCUACCCCGGACCCGGCGGCGAAGGCUACCUUGACGUGAUCAACCGCAUUCGCCCUGUCAUCGUGGAGUUGGAGCGUAUGACAGACCACUGUCUGCUUAUCACACAUCGCAGCGUGGCAAGGGUACUGUUAGCAUACUUCCAGGGCCUGAACAGGGAGGACGUCGCAGAUCUGGAUUGUCCAUUGGGCAUGUUGUACCAGCUGGAGCCCAAGCCAUACGGCGUCGAAUUUAAAGCGUGGCGGUACAAGCCCGAGAAGGAUGACUUUGAUUAUCUGCCGCUGUACAAAUUAAGGAGGGCGACGACGAAUCCGCAGCUCAACUAG